AAGAGAAGUGAAAGCGUUCCAUCUGGGACUAUUAGCAGAUGUACAAUGAAUUCCAUCAUUAAUUUCUUGUUACUGAUUAGUCUUCAAGUCUGUUGCCAUCAAUUUUCAGAAUAUCCCAAUCCCGACCAUGUCCACAAAGAUAAAAAUCCACACAAACAUCAUGAACUUCCUUUGGCAGAAGAAGGGCAGAAGUACCCAAACUAUCAUAAGAUAGUUUCCAGUAAUUCUGAAUUUGCAUUCAAAUUCUACCAAGAAAUUGCUUCAGAUGCAGCUGCCAAAAAUAUUUUCUUCUCUCCCUUCAGCAUCUCAACAGCUUUUGCACUCUUGACAUUAGGUGCCAAAUCAGAAACCAAGAAUCAGAUUCACAAAACACUUGCUUUUAAUAUCUCAGAAAUUGAAGAGAGAGAGAUACAUGAAGCAUUCCAACAGCUCACCCAUGAACUUAGCCAUCCAAGCAGUAAAGUCCAGCUGAACAUUGGCAAUACCCUGUUCAUUGACGAAUCCUUGAGAUUUUUGGCUACAUUUUUGGAAGAUGCCAAAACCUUUUAUGAAGCUGAGGGACUCUCUAUUGAUUUCAGCGUUCCUAGGCUGGUUAAAAAGCAGAUCAAUGACUAUGUGAGAAACAAAACUCAUGGGAAAAUACCUCUUGCCAUUGAACAUCUAGAGCCAGCCACUGUGAUGGUCCUUGUGAAUUACAUCUUCUUCAAAGCUUCCUGGGAAAAACCUUUUGACAUUCGUUUGACCAGAAAAAGAGACUUCUUUAUAGAUGCAAACACAACAGUGCAGAUUGAUUUGAUGAGACACAUGGACUACUAUAACAUUUUCCGUGAUGAAGAUCUUUCUUGCUGGGUGGUAGAAAUUCCUUAUAAAGGAGAUAUUACAGCAUUAUUUAUUCUACCGGAUGAAGGGAAGCUAGAACGUGUGGAGGCAGCUUUGGUGACAGAAACCCUGUCUAAAUGGACAACCUCUUUGACGUAUAAAAAUAUAGAUCUGCACUUUCCUAAAUUUAACAUUUCGGCAUCUUACGACGUCAAAUACUUGUUACAAAGAAUGGGAGUGACGGCUGUCUUUAACGAUAGUAGUGACUUAUCUGGAAUCACUGGAGAAUGCAAUCUGAAGGUUUCAAAAGUAUGUAUGGGAAUGAGGUUGGUGGCUGGCAUUUUGCCCUUUUCCUUGAAUCAAAUAUUUUCAAAAAAAAUCUUUAUUCAUAAAGCUUUAUGCCAAGGAAUCUGAAAAAAAGUCCUAGUCUCCAUCUAAGAAAAUGUGAAGAACUCUUGAGAACAGCCUCCAUUUUAUUGCUUCUUCUUUUCUUCUUUUUCUGCUCAAUUGUGGUGGUGGGUUCCCAAUCCUGUUGCAACCAGUACGGUGCAACGGGGCUGGGUGUCCAAGACACAAAUGCGCACAGCACGUGCACUCGCAUACUUACCCCUGUGAUGCUCCAUGACGCCUCUGCAAUGCUCCAACUGCUCGGCGGAGUGUCAAGCAGGUGCUGUACGCUCCGUGCAUGUGCACAAAACUUCAAAGAGCUCAAAUACCAGUAGGGAGCAAUGGCAGGUGGAUGGGGCCUCCAGAGCACGGUACCACAACAGUACCCGGUGCUCCCGGCAGACACCGGUACACCUGUACUGGGGUGUACUGGUUGUAACCCACCACUAGUCCAAGGUCACACAGUUGAAAUCCAAGGCAGAACUUCACAGUCUGCUGGUUUCUAGUCUGAUGUCUUAACCACUAUACUAAAUUGGCUUUUAUUUUAUUUUUUUAAAAGUUCUUCUUUCAUGAAGCUCUUACUGAUAUACAGUUCCUUAGCUUUUAGCCUUUUUGUGGGUAAUAAGGAAUGGAAUACAAUAACAGAGUUGGAAGGGACCUCGGAGGUCUUCUAAUCCAACCCCCUGCUCAGGAAAUAAAAUUAGUUCACAUUUUAAUCAACGCUUCUCCAAUUUUACAAUUUUAAAUCAUUCCAUGAGCUGAAAUUAAGUCAUUUCUCUGAUAGCAAUACAGCUAUUUUU